UCUUGUAGUGUGAGGCCGGAAUCUGGUCUGAACUCAAUGGCGGCUCUGAGACUCUGUGAGACGGUUUCAAAUUAAAGAACUGAAUUUUAAUUUUAACCGUAGCUCACCAAACGAACUAAGCGGCUCACUGCUGCAGUUCGAGCGGGUUCCAGAACUAGAGCCCCACGUACUUGGUAAAGCGGUCAGAGUGGGGCCAGAGGCCCAGGCGCCAUGGCCAUGGACAGGCCCUCGCUCACUGUCGUUUACCAGGCCGUCAAAGCGCUUUAUCACGACCCGGACCCCGCGGGCAAGGAACGCGCUUCCGUGUGGCUCGGCGAGUUCCAGAGAUCGGUAUAUGCUUGGGAGAUUGCAGACCAGCUGCUUCAGUUACAGCAGGAAGUGGAGCUGUGCUACUUCGCAGCUCAGACAAUGAAGAUGAAAAUUCAGACAUCAUUUAAUGAACUUCCCCCAGAAACACAUGCAUCUCUACGAGACUCACUACUCACCCAUAUUCAGAACUUGAAAGACGUGUCUCCUGUGAUUGUUACACAGCUUGCUCUGGCAAUUGCAGAUCUUGCCUUGCAAAUGGCUACGUGGAAAGGAUGUGUGCAAAUGCUAACUGAAAAGUAUGGCAAUGACCCCUCAUCCCUGUCCUUCUUGUUAGAAAUCUUGACUGUGCUCCCAGAGGAAGUUCACAGUCGUUCCCUUCGAAUAGGAGCCAACCGCCGCACUGAAAUCAUUGAGGACCUGGCAUACUCCUCAAGCACGGUGGUAUCGAUGCUGACAGCAUGUACAGAGAGUAGUGGCAAUGAGGAGAAGACACUGAUAAAAGUAUUCCGGUGCUUGGGCAGCUGGUUUAACCUGGGUAUUUUGGAUAGUAACUUCAUGGCAAAUAAUCGACUACUGUUAAUCCUUUUUCAAGUUUUGCAACGUGAUGAUACAUCAACAAACCUGCAUGAGGCUGCAUCAGACUGUAUCUGUUCAGCACUCUAUGCCAUUGAGAAUGUAGAGUCAGCCCUACCUUUGGCUUUGUGUCUGUUUCAGGGUGUCCUAACUCUAGAAUCUGCUUAUCAUAUGGCAGUGGCACGUGAGGAUCUUGAUAAAGUUCUGAAUUAUUGCCGUAUUUUUACUGAGUUGUCGGAAACAUUUCUGGAUGUGAUUGUACAGACCCCAGGACAAGGGCUUGGAGACCUGCGGACAUUGGAACUAUUAUUGAUCUGUGCAGGGCAUGCACAGUACGAGGUAGCAGAAAUCAGCUUUAACUUCUGGUACAGAUUGGGAGAGUACCUCUACAAAAUGAGUGAUCCAUCACGACAUGCUGUCUUUCGACCUUAUAUCCAGCGAUUGCUUCAUGCCUUGGCCCGGCACUGCCAGCUGGAACCAGAUCAUGAAGGAAUUCCAGAAGAUUCUGAUGACUUUGGAGAGUUCCGCAUGAGGGUGUCAGAUCUUGUGAAGGAUGUGAUAUUCCUGGUUGGAUCAAUGGAAUGUUUCACCCAGCUUUACUCGACAUUGAAAGACAGUGGACCUUCUUGGGAGAUCACAGAAGCUGUUCUCUUUAUCAUGGCUUCCAUAGCGAAGAGUGUGGAUCCUGACAAUAACCCUACCCUAGCUGAAGUGCUUGAGGCUGUGGUCCAGCUCCCGGACACUGUGCACAUUGCAGUCCGAUUCACUAGCAUUGAACUAGUUGGAGAACUGAACGAGGUUGUUGAUAGAAAUCCCAGAUUCUUAGAUCCGGUGUUAAAUUACUUGAUGAAAGGACUACGGGAGAAAACACUUGCCUCAGCAGCAGCCAAAGCCAUUCAGAACAUCUGCUCCUCCUGCCGUGAUCAUAUGACUCAGCACUUUGAGGGCCUACUGGAGAUUGUUCGUUCCCUUGACACCUUCAGCCUCUCGCAUGAAGCUGCCAUUGGCCUCCUAAAAGGUACAGCACUCGUACUUUGUCGGCUUCCUCUUGAGAAGAUCACUGAAUGUCUCAGUGAGCUCUGUGCUGUGCAAGUCACAGCAUUAAAAAAGCUCCUGGCACAAGGGCCCGGCAGUGAUGUAGCUACAGACCCCACCAUAUGUCUGGAUCGGCUGGCUGUUAUUUUUAGACACACAAAUCCUAUUGUUGAAAACGGACAGACGCAUCCAUGUCAGAAGGUGAUACAUGAAAUCUGGCCUGUCUUAUCUGAAACUUUGAACAAACACCAAGCGGACAAUCGGAUUGUGGAGCGUUGCUGCCGGUGUUUACGAUUUGCUGUACGUUGUGUGGGGAAAGGCUCUGCAGCAUUACUUCAGCCUCUGGUCACUCAGAUGGUGAACGUGUAUCGAGUACACCCACAUUCUUGCUUUCUCUACCUCGGCAGUAUUCUGGUGGAUGAAUAUGGAAUGGAGGAAGGAUGUCGGCAGGGAUUACUAGACAUGGUGCAGGCCUUGUGUAUGCCAACUUUUCAGCUUCUUGAACAACCAAAUGGCCUUCGGGAUCACCCAGACACAGUGGACGAUCUUUUCCGCCUGGCAACCAGGUUUAUUCAACGGAGUCCAACUACACUCCUCCAAAGUCAAAUCAUCAUUCAUAUAUUGAACUGUGCUAUCGCAGCUGUCAUCCUCGACCACCGGGACGCUAACUGCAGUAUCAUGAAAUUCUUGCGGGAUCUUAUCCACACAGGGGUUGCUAAAGAUCACGAGGAUGAUUUUGAACUGCGAGAGGCUUUGAUCAAGCAAGUGCUGGCCCAGCACGGACAGCAACUGGUCAAUCAGCUUCUUCAAGCUGUGUGCUUCUGCCUGCCCCCAUAUACCCUACCAGAUCUAGCGGAGGUUAUGUGGGAAAUAAUGCAGAUUGACAGAGCGACAUUUUGCAGAUGGUUAGAAGCUUCACUCAAGUCAUUACCUAAGGAGACAGCAGGGGGUGCUGUCACGGUUACACACAAGCAGCUGACGGACUUCCAUAAGCAAGUCACGAGUGCUGAUGAAUGCAAAAAGGUUUGCUGGGCUUUGAGAGAUUUCACACGCCUCUUCCGAUAGCUGUGUUCAUAAAUCCAUGACUUGCAUCAGUCUCCCAGAGGACCGUAUCUCAAACAGACAGACUGGAAAUGCAAAUAUUAAGAAACUAUCCGCCAUGGCUGGGUACCAGCAAGAGCAAAUAGGGCAAACAAUUACAAGCAGAGGUCGGUAACCUGCGCGAGAAGUGCCAAACACCCUACUGCAUAACGCCACAUGGCUGGAGCUUCCCUGGCAUUGUGCAUCAGGGCAUGCAAAGGGUUGGGGGAAGUCCAGGAUUUGAUUUCCCCUCCCCAGCUUCAAGAUGGCCUCAACAGAGGAACAACAGCAUGAAUGAACGAUUGCCAAAUCGAUGGGCAGUCGAAAUUCAGUUGCUUUGAGCUUGUAUGUAAAAGGGACAAUCUGGAAUAAACCAGCUUUUAAUCCACCAGAGUUCCUUCAGGGAGGAGGUUUUGUUUUGGUUUUUGUUUGGUGGGGUGGGAAGAGGGCAGGGGAGUUUACUGUGCACAGCACAAGAGACUUUCUUAAUGACUUUUAAAAUGAAAAUCAUCUUUAGUGUUCCUGAUUAACAGACAAAGGACAAUAUGGGCUGUGUAACUCCAGCUGUGAGACAAUUUAAAAAUACUGGGAAGAAUGUUAGUUUUAAAUGAAAACACAAAAUCCAAAAUUCCUAAAGUGGAGUCAUGGAUCUCUGGGAUGUGGAGUUGUGGAUUUGAGCCUAACCUUCAGCAAAAUGUGGGAAGCCAGGUGGGAGUUGGGGAAAGGAGGAUGUGGAGAAGUUUUACCACAAUUACUUUGAAGAUUGCUAACAAGACUGAACAACAGGUCAAGAGAAGCAGGGAGUGAUUACAUGAGUGGGCGCUGUCUGUUUUAUAGCAGAGUCCUGUACUCGGACUGUGCUGUCAGACUGGCUGGGAGGGAUGCAAUCCCAGAGGUGGGUGAAGAUUUGAGCGUGUGCAAAUGCUGUUCCGUCUGGUGUUGUAGCCAUCUCGAGAACAAUAAAAAAAGAAUAAUAAAUCCGUGUGUCUUCUGUUUUACGAUGUAAGUUCAGAAACUCGUGGUUUGUGCAGAAUUAACACCCAAGCAACUCUUUCUGUUGCUUUCUCUUAGACAGCUCAGUCUUAAAUUUUGAAAACUAUGUGCCUUAGCUAAUUGAUACGAUAGUGAGUUUCACACCAUUGUUUGGCUAAAGAAGUUAAUCUUGUCAACAUAACAAGGAGCUUCUGAGCAGAGCAGAGUUGGAAAAUUAAGCAAGUAUUGAGUGGCUUGUAGGAUGAUGAUUGCACCCCUCCACCCCUCUCCAUUCACUUUGAAGAUAGGAUCAUUUUCACCACCUCUCCUAAUAGCUGACUUCUUUGGAAGGGAAAGAAUUGCUGUGGGGGCCUCUGCAAGGGUUUGGUUACAAUUCAAAGUACUUCCUCAGGGUAGUGCGCACACGACACUCACCUGGUCAUGAGAGGUGAGCAGGUGAUUGACUUGGCUGUUCCACAUGCUCAAUCACUCCACUACUUCAAACAAGUUUCAAUUGUUGUAACCAGGCUUAAACUCCAUCUGCCAAAUGUUUUCCCACUCUUAUAAUCUACCUGUAUCCUUUUGCAAGUUUCUUACAUCCUUACAACAGCAAGGACAUGGGCACGUGGCCAAGUGGUUAACGUACUGGACUAGCUACCUGAAGGUCGUGAGUUCGAGCCCCAGCCGAGGGAACGUGUCGUGUCCUUGAGUAAGGCACGUAAUCACACAUUGCUCUGCGACGACACUGUUGCCAAGCUGUAUGGUUCCUAAUGCCCUUCCCUUGGACAACAUCAGUUUCGUGGAGAGGGGAGACUUGCAGUGUGGGUCUUUCAUACAAUCUUGCCCAGGCCUGUGCCCUGGAGAGUGAAGUCUUUCCAGGCGCAGAUCCUUGGUCUCGCAAGACAACAGCAAAGUUGACAACAAAUUAAUGCAACUAAAAUUCGGCAGCUUCUUGAAGAGAUGAAUGAAAAGCUGGUGCAUGAAUUAAUGAUAUAUUUCAAAAUUUCCUACAUUCUUUCAUGGUCGAAGUAGCCUGAAAAGCAGCAGAUAUAAGCAUACUAUUCAAAGAAGGUGGGGGGAGAGAUAAAGAACCUUUCUCCCUACAUCAGUUGUUG